AUGGAAAAACCCGGCACUAGCGAAUACAAAGCCCUCCAAGCCCUAAAAAGGGCGGGAAUUUCCUUGGAUAAACUUUUGGAGCGGGUAGAAAAAGGUCGUCAAGCCAAAGCGGAAGGACAGACCAAAAAAAGACAAGUUAAUAAAAAUGGUAUUUCAAUAGAAUUAAGGGGAAAAAGUAUUGUUCGUGCUCAAUGGGGAGACAAACUAGUUGAUACUGAGACUUUACCAACUUUGGAAAUUUAUCAAGAG